GCGGCCGGAAGCGGCGGAGGGGGCCAGCGCGCGGGCUGCCGCGGCGGAGCGCUGGGAUCCGCACACCGGCGGCGGCGACGGCAGGUGUGAGCCGUCCGGAUGGCGGAGCCCGGGCCGCAGCCGCCGGGGGGCGCGCCGAGCCGGCACGAGAAGAGCCUGGGGCUGCUCACCACCAAGUUCGUCUCGCUGCUGCAGGAGGCCAAGGACGGCGUGCUCGACCUGAAGCUGGCAGCAGAUACUCUGGCAGUGCGGCAAAAGAGACGGAUUUAUGAUAUUACAAAUGUCCUUGAGGGCAUUGGAUUAAUCGAGAAGAAAUCGAAGAACAGUAUUCAGUGGAAAGGUGUUGGGCCUGGCUGUAAUACCCGGGAAAUUGCCCACAAGUUGAUUGAACUGAAAGCAGAGAUUGAGGAUCUGGAGCAUCGGGAACGAGAGCUGGAGCAGCAAAAGAUGUGGGUGCAGCAAAGUAUUAGAAAUGUCACCGAUGACGUACAGAACAACGAAUUAGCCUAUGUGACCGACGAGGACCUUUGCAAGUGCUUCCCAGGAGACACCCUGCUGGCCAUCCGAGCUCCUUCAGGAACUCAGCUAGAAGUUCCUGUCCCUGAGGGUUUAAAUGGCCAGAGGAAAUACCAGAUCCACUUGAAGAGUAGCAGCGGUUCCAUUGAUGUUCUUCUAGUAAAUAAGGAUGCCUGGAGCUCUCCUCCAGUGGUGCUUCCGGUCCCUCCCCCUGAAGACCUCAUUCAGUGCCAGCCAAUCACACCCUCUAAGAAGCCACCCAUUCCCCAUUCCCAGGAGACAUCUCUUCCCAGUGGUGCCCAUCCUCCUGUGUCUGUACCCAACAGCACGCAAGAGCACAGAUCCCCUGUACCCAAACCGGCCAUUGUGGCAGAGACAGGCAACCCGACAACAGAAUCAAAAAGCGGUGAGGGGUUGGACUCGCUUACCCCUUCGACGGUACCAGUCAGCCCACCGGCUGGGCUUGAUACGCAGCCUCUCCAGUCCUCCGCCUUGCUGGACAGCAGCUCUGUCCUCUCCAGUUCCUUCACCUCUUUUGAACCAAUCAAGUCCUUCCCCACAGAAAUACUGGAAUUUCCCAAAGAGCUUUCAGAAAUGUUUGAGCCAACCAGAGAGUCUGUGAAUUCUGAGUUGCUGGAAGAGCUGAUGUCAUCUGAAGUGUUUGCACCCUUACUCCGCCUUUCCCCCCCUCCCGGAGACCACGACUACAUCUACAACUUGGACGAGAGCGAAGGGGUGUGCGACCUUUUCGAUGUCCCGAUCCUCAACCUUUGACUUUGGCUGCCAGGAUGGACUUUGGGACACGGAUUUCUUUUUUAAUUUUUUUUUUUAAGAAACAAACCUGUCUGGAGGGAAUGUGCGGGAAAGCCCCCAAGUUUUCAUUUUGGAUUCUUUGUCUGCUACUGUUUGAAUGGAACACAGAGCUGCUCUGGUAUAGACCGAAAACCAACGAGGAUGGGAGCUUCGUCUCCAGCUUUUUUUUUUUUUUCCCUCUUCUUCUUCCCUGACUAAUCUUGGUCCUGUCCUUCCCCUUUCACUGGAUCCUGGGUGGAUCUCCUUCCCAGGCACCUCCUGUUGAACCUUGACGAACAGCAAAAGUGCUUCCUUGAGUCCCCCCUAGCCUGUUUGGGCAUCCCUGCACUGCUGGGGGCACUUUGCAUCUUCCACCCCCCUUCCUUCCUUCUUCCUUUCUGGUUACCAACCAACAGAACAGCCAAACCGUAGCCAGGUAGUUUUUUUUUAGGAAAAUCCAUCCCUGACCCUCUCUUUUGGCUUGUUUGUAUAAUCCAGACGACGUUUCUCUCUUCAGCAAUUGUCUGCUUUUGGCAUGAUGGAAUGCAGGCCUCUCAGCCACUCCCUGGAUCGGUUUUAUGUGCUUAGAAGUGGCGUUUCAAGUAACCCUACUGGCCCAUCUGUUAACACGAAGCACGGAGCCCUUUCCUUUUUAGGCUGUGUAGACUUAUCAUAUGUGUGUGUGUGUGUGCGCGUGCGUGUGUGUGUGUUUUUAAGGUGCCAGUUUUGCACAGUCACUUUCCUCCAAAGAGUCAAAACGGAGAAAUGAUUUGUAAAGGGUGCGCAAAACACAGUUCAGGCUUCAAGUAGGUGGACCUGCCUGCUGGCCACACAAAGCCUCUUGCACACCUGUCCUGGGUUGUCGUCCCCCCCCCCAUCUGCAGCUGUGCUGCAUCAGCAAGGGAAGAGCUGGCUGGGGCUAAUGGGAGGCUCUCUUCCUCUCUUUCUUUCAAGGCCCCCACGUCUCCAUCGGGAGCCUCCAAUGGAGGAGAUUUAGUCACCCCCCUCCCCCUAGUGAAGUGAGUCCUGAAAGCCUGUCCUUCCAUAGCUGCUAGAAUAGGGCUUUUUGGGAUGCACGGGGGCUGCUGUUUCCCGUUGCAAUUUGCUAGCUGUAUUACGUUGCCAGUCCUGUUGAUGAAAUCCGACUUCUCCUGGGAACCUAGCCAUGGCCUGCCGUUUCCCGCCUUCUCUCCGAUAGGCACCAUCGGCCUCCUCCAUCAAGAACCUCUCCUGAUCCUUGCUGACCAGCAGCACAUGGAAGGAGCCCUCGCUUCCCCUAUACCAGGGGUGGGCCACCUCGGCUCUUUUAUGACUCGUGGACUUCCAUUCCCAGAAUUCCUGAGCCAGCCUGGCUCCGCUUGGAAACCUCUCCCUUUCCCCGCAGCACGGCUGGCUCAGGAAUUCUGGGAGUUUGAAGUCCACGAGUCAUAAAAGAGCUAAGGUGGCCUACCCCUGCCCUGUAUCCUCCCCUCUGCACUUCUGGACAUCUCUCCCUCGAAAACUAUAUCCUUUUCACCGCCCGUCAGCAUCCGGGUUACGCCACGUGCCAACCCCGAAUGUCACUUUCCCGAUUCUCAGGCUUCCGCACGUGCCGUCCCAGUUGACAAAGGCCCACUGCCUCCAGUGCGGCUGCUGGGAUGGGAAGGGUGUAGAUCCGAAGGGGGAGCUCUCUCGCAUCCCAGCGCUGAACUGCUUGGCUGAAAAAUCUCUUUUUGAAGGGACUGGAUGAAGUGUGCUUAGUAUUGUGGAAGGAUUCACACGAGCGGAGAGGCCUGAUCCUGAUCUCUCUCUCUCUCCCCCCCCCUCCCAAACCACCCAAUCAGGGAAUGUUUCUAUUGUCAUUAAGGAGACCUAGGCAAAGCUGGGUGGUCUCUUUAAGACUCCGACGAAAGCCACCGAUCUCAAUCCUUGACCGCUUUAAGAUGGGUGGACUUCAACUUUCAGCAUUCGCCAGCUAGCCAUACUGCCUGAGGAAUCCUGGGAGUUGACGUCCACCCAUCUUUUAAGCUGUCAAGAUUGAAAACGCUGGGCUAAAAGGGUGCAGGAAAGCAACUUUUGGGUUUUUUCUGCAUCGGAAAUAGAAUGUUGCUUUCCACCUCUCCAGCCUCGGAGCAUCUAUCUCUGCCUCCGGGCAGGUGAUGAUCUCAAAAAACCUCGGGAGUCCCGUUCACCUCUCUUGAAAGGACACGGUUCCACCUCCAAGUUUUCUGAGCUGUUCUUCCAGCUCUGUGUGGCUUUGCCCAGCGAGCCACAGGACUCUGUUGCCCGCCUUCAUUGCAUCCCCUCCCAGCUUUUUCUACGUGGUUGGGCCUGCUGUUGUUUAGCAGCCGAGCCUUCGUUUCUCUUUGCUGUCACCUUCUUGUGCUCUGACCCCUUAGGUGACAUCCCGAAAGGAUGCAUGGAGGAAAUGUUUGGGGUGGGGGAAGGGAGAGAAAUGAGUUUUGAUUCAUAUAAAAAGAUUAUUUUUAUACUUUUUUGCAGCAGAAGAGACUUGCCUGUAAUAUUUGUACAGUUGUUGUUUUUUUUUUUCCUGAGUGAAUAAACAAACUUUCCAAA